ACAGUCGAAAGAGAUACCAAAUGCAAAUAGCUCAAGAGUAAAAGAGACAAACUUAUUCUAACCCUUGAACCGACAAUAUUAAAUUUGCUCGCAUUUAAUUUAAUCAACGGGCAACGGUUGCUUUGAUUUCGUAUAACCGUCGAAAUUGUAAAACGUUAAUUCUUAUAAACAAAGUGUGAUUUAUCGUCCUACGAGUGUAAAAACGGGAAUUAAUCAAAAUGAAGUCCGCCAAAUCGAAACAGAAAAUUAACGAGAUGCGUACGCCGGCGCGGAGUAAGCAAAACUUGAACGGCGAGCGCGAUCCAGUACAAGUUUUCUGUAGAUUACGCCCGAUGCAACGAGAAUCCGAUAUCCCGUGUAUGAAGAUAAUUUCACCGACCACAGUGCUCCUAACUCCACCAGCAACGGCCUUGAGCUACAGAAAUGAGAACAACAAGUCGAUGAAAUACACUUUUAAAGAAGUAUUCCCUCCUGAAACACCCCAACAAGAAGUGUUUGAUAAAGUCGCAUAUCCGCUCGUAGAAGGCCUAAUCAAAGGUAAAAAUGGUCUAUUAUUCACUUACGGCGUCACCGGCAGCGGGAAAACCUUCACAAUGACCGGCGAGCCUCACAAUUGCGGUAUUUUGCCAAGAUGUCUGAACAUCAUAUUUAAAACUAUAAACGAGUGUCAGGCGCAUAAAUACGUGUUCAAACCUGACAAAAUGAACAUGUUUGAGAUUCAGUCUGAGGUGGAAGCCAUGUUGGAACGGCAGCAGGAGCUCCAUAAGUUCAAAUUAGGGAAAAAAAACAAUUCGAACCCGGACUUGGCAAUGGCUUCCAUGGAGGUGACAAAAGUCGAAGGUUUGAAUGAAGAUAACCAGUAUGCAGUGUUUGUUUCAUAUGUAGAAGUCUACAAUAACAGCGUCUUUGAUUUGCUGGAAGAUGGACCGCCGGUGACUAAGAAUUUACCUGCGAAAAUUAUCAGAGAAGACGCAGCGAAGAACAUGUACGUCCAUGGUGUCACCGAGAUUGAAAUUAAGUCUGCAGAGGAGGCAUUUGAUGCGUUCUAUUUAGGAUUGAAACGGAAAAGGAUGGCUCAUACAACUCUUAAUGCGGAAUCAAGUCGUAGUCACUCCGUUUUUACCAUCAGGUUGGUGCAGGCACCAGUAGAUGAGGUCGGUGAAGCUGUAAUCCAGAAUAAGAAGUUUCUAUCCAUCAGCCAAAUAAGCCUGGUCGAUUUAGCUGGCAGCGAAAGAACGAAUCGGACGAAAAAUACUGGCCAGCGGUUACGGGAGGCUGGCAACAUUAACAAGUCUUUAAUGACGCUCCGAACGUGUCUGGAAGUUUUACGGGAGAACCAAGCUACUGGGGCUAAUAAUAUGGUGCCAUACAGGGAGUCCAAGAUCACUCAUCUGUUCAAGAACUUCUUCGAAGGUGAAGGGCAGGUACGUAUGAUUGUUUGCGCUAACCCGAGAGCAGAAGACUACGAUGAAACGCUCCAAGUUAUGAGGUUUGCUGAAAUGGCUGCUGAAGUAGAGGUAACCAAAGCUCAAGUCAACGAUAUAGCGGCCUCUAUAGGCCUGGUGUCCGGCAGACGCAAAGCAAACAGACUAUUUGCAACUGCGAGAGACAAUCUAGCUAGACCUGAUGCUAAAGAGCUUGAGCUAGACCUAGGUCUAGUCUACAGCUUAGGCCCAGACUUCCCAAGUCUAGAACUGAAUAGCUCACAAGCUGGCCAUAUUAUUAAAGAACUCAUGGCCCAUUUGGAGAUGAGGUUAGAUCGGAGAGAGACUUUAAAACGGAGCAAAGCAUUGAAGGAUGAGAGGUUCAGAGCCGCACUUAUAGACUUAGAGAAAGAGUCUUUAGAAGUAAGAGGAGAGAAUGCCGCUUUGAGAGGGCAGCUGGCUGCAUCUGAACGUAGAAUCAGAGCUUUAGAGGACCGUCUGACAGCUACGGAGAAUGAAUCAACUUCAAACAAACGAAAACUAAACGAGUUGACCGAAUACACAAGCACUCUUAAACGGGAGUUGCAAGAGAAGGAGCUACAGCUCAGCCAGAAUAAGCUAGAGAAAGAGAAAAUGAAGCGUAUAUUAGAAAGGAAAUAUAAUCAUAAGAUAGCGGCAGAGCAUGAGCGAGCAAAGGAAAUUCAUACUGAAAAAGAGAAAUUACGCAACGCUAUUGAAGAUAAAGAGAAUCGCUUAAGGAUUAUAGCUGAAGCGUUAGACAGAGGUGAUAUGGAGCCGAAGCAUACAGGAGAAUUCGCAGCGCAGACUAGUGUGAGAGACUACACACCAGGGUCGACACCUAGAGCUUUACCAGCGCAUUUGCUGACUCCAUUCAGCUCCGUACCGCAUACUAGGGAAACUAGAGACACACCAGCAUCGGCAGUAUCGUCCCGUCGUGGUGUAGCCGUUGCCAACCCUAGACACCGCCGUUCGCUAUCGGCUGACGGUCGAGGCUGGAUCGAACACGCCCCUAACAAACUCGUCCCAAUGGGCACCGUUAUGAAACCCUCCAUAGUCAACAGUAAAGUAGUUAACAAGCUAACAACAGUCAAAGACAUAGCUAAUGCUAAGGCGUCGAAGUACUGCUUAAUAUCUCAAGAGCAAGACACGGAUGGGGAGCUAGAAACGAAGCUUUACAAAGGUGAUGUUGUACCGACUUGCGGAGGGGGCGCUCAAGUUAUUUUCAACGAUGUGGAAAUGCUUAAGCAAUUCUCUCCGACUCGAGAAUCCAGAGAGACUAGGGAGUCUAAUACUCAGAGAACAUCGGGCUGCGCUAGACAUUCUGGAAAGAGAAGAGAGACAACGCAUUCGCCGCCUCAAACUCCGUCUAAUACUAGCAAGAAACAAAGGGUCGAUGAUGAUUGAAU